AUGGCAAAUUUCUUGACACCUCGCUUUUCUUCCACUCUCGCUGCAACUCGUGCAUCCUCUUUUAGACGAGGUUUAGCGACAGUCGCAAAUUCUGAAGGGACUGUUCCUUUUGUUGCUCAACGUCAAGCAAUAAAAGAGCAUGCUGCUGCUACCACUAGACUCUGGAAAAAUAUCACAAUUUACGUUUGCGUCCCAUCGUUAAUCUUGGCUACUUGGAACGCAUACCGAAUUAUGAAAGAACACGAAAAACACGAGGCUCAUCACCACGUAUCUCCAGAAGAACGUCCAUUGUAUCCAUAUAUGCGUCUUAGGAACAAGCCUUUCCCGUGGGGCGAUGGAGAUCAUACGCUCUUUCAUAAUCCAAAGCAAAUAAUUGAGGAAAGAACCACAAUGAAUAAAUUGAUGUAA